AUGGAUAAAAAUGACAUGUACAACAUAUACUCAUUUGUAAGUUGUAAUGAGACUUGGAUCCCAGAUCUGCUGAUUGUUAUCAUUGCCCUAGUGGGCCUGGCAGGAAAUGGAGUGGUCAUCAGUCUCCUGGGAUGCUGCAUGCACAGGAACGCCAUCUCAGUCUACAUCCUCAACUUGGCUUCAUCUGACUUCCUCCUCCUCUGCUGCCAGCUUAUUAACUCCCUGUUUAUCAUUUGCUAUAACAGAACUUAUUUUAUCAUUAUGUCCAUAGUCCUUAUUCCAUACAUUACAGGUCUGAGCAUCCUCAGUGCCAUUAGCAUAGAGCGCUGCCUCUGUGUCCUAUGGCCCAUCUGGUACCGCUGCCACCGUCCAAGACAAAUGUCAGCUGCCAUGUGUGCCCUGCUUUGGACCCUGUCCCUGUUGUUUAGCGUCCUAGAAUAUUACUACUCUGCUUUCUUUCAUGGUGUUGAUAAGUUGAGACUGGUUGAUUUCAUUGUAGUUGCAUGGCUCUUUCUUUUAUUACUAACUCUAUCUGUGUCCAGCCUAACCAUUUUGGUCAGGAUCCUUUAUGGUUCCAGACGAAUGCCUCUCUCUAGGCUCUAUGUGACCAUUCUCCUCACAGUCCUGGUCUUCCUCAUCUGUGGCCUGCCCUUUGGAAUUUACUGGUUCCUACUAUACUGGUUUCCAAUUGGUCUUAAUGACUUCCUUUGUGGUCAUCUUCUGUCAGUCACAAUUGUCCUGUCCUGUAUUAACAGUUGUGCUAACCCCAUCAUUUAUUUCUUAAUUGGCUCCUUUAAGCAGCAGCACAAGAGUCUCAAGCUGGCCCUUCAGAGGGCGCUGCAGGAUUCUUCUUAG